UUUUAAAUCGGUCAGGAGAAAGCCAAACGUCCGGGGCACAAGUCAGUUUUUAACUCAGUCUGUAGCUACAGAAAGUUUCCCCCCCUCCCCGGAGAUACAGACAGUUUUACAGCUUUUCCCCGGAGAUACAGAAAGUUUUUCCCCCCGGAGAUACAGACAGUUUUCCCCCCGGAGAUACAGACAGUUUUCCCCCGGAGAUACAGACAGUUUUCCCCCGGAGACACAGACAGUUUUUCCCCCGGAGAUACAGACAUUUUUUCCCUCCGGACCGCAGCUCCCCACGGACGUACCCUUUGCUUUCCCCCGGCUUUGCCUCCACGUCCUCGGAUAUAACCGCGAGCUGUGGACCGACUCCCAGUCUGGAAGAGACCGUGAGUUGAUGUCUGGGGACAACAUGUCUUCGCCGCGCUGCUUCCAGCUGCUGCUGUCCUGCACCCUGCUGCUCCUGCUGCUCCAGUUUCCCUCGACUCUGUCCAGACCGGCCACCGAGGACGCAGACACACCCGACGCAUUGAAAUCCUCCGAAGACGAAGAAGACGAUGAGUCAUCCUCAGAGGAAAACAAACUGUCCAACGAGCUGUCAACAAGCAACGAGAAGCUCCAAACGCUGGCGCCUCAGUGGGUGAUGCCCGAGAAGAUGGAGAAGCAGCUGCACGCCGUUCCCGCCAGCCGGACCGUGAAGUUCCGUUGCCAGGCGACGGGAAGUCCCGCCCCCUCGCUGCGCUGGUACAAGAACGGCAAAGAGUUCAGGAAGGACCAGAGGAUCGGAGGCUUCAAGAUCCGAGACCACAUGUGGACCCUGAUCAUGGAGUCGGUGGUCCCGUCCGACAAGGGCAACUACACCUGCGUGGUGGAGAACGAACACGGCAGCCUCACACACACCUACCUGCUGGACGUCGUCGAGCGUUCUCCUCACAGGCCGAUCCUGCAGGCCGGUCUGCCGGCCAAUCAGACGGCGGUCAUCGGCCGCGACGUGAAGUUUGUGUGUCGCGUGUUCAGCGACCCGCAGCCGCACAUCCAGUGGCUCAAACACAUCACGGUGAACGGCAGCAGAGAGGCGCCGGACGGGCACCCGUACGUCCUCGUUCUCAAGACGGCGGGCCUGAACACGACGGAUAAAGAGAUGGAGGUUCUGACGCUGAGGAACGUGAGUCUGAACGACACCGGAGAGUACACGUGUCUGGCGGGGAACUCCAUCGGCGUCUCUCACCACUCGGCGUGGCUCACCGUCGUGGACGACCUGCCCCCCGCGCCGCUGCCCUCCCAGACCUACCUGGAGAUCUUCAUCUACUGCCUCGGCUUUUUCAUCGUCGUCAUCCUCACAGCCACAGCCGUCGUCUGCCGGCUCUGCUGCGCGCCGAAGAAGAGCGACUUCAGCGGUCAGCUGGCCGUGCAGAAACUGGCAAAGAGCCUUCCUCUGAGGAGACAGGUGUCUGUGGAGUCGGGGUCCUCCCUUCAGUCCGGGAUGUGUCUGAUGCGCCAGUCUCGCCUCUCCAGCGCCACCACCACCAUCCUCACCGGCGUGUCGGAGUACGAACUUCCCUUCGAUCCCGCCUGGGAGCUUCCUCGCGACCGGCUGACCCUGGGGAAGCCUCUCGGGGAGGGCUGUUUCGGGCAGGUGGUUCUGGCCGAGGCCGUCGGCGUCGACAGAAACAAACCCACGCGCCUCACCAAGGUGGCCGUGAAGAUGCUGAAAGCGGACGCCACAGAGAAGGACCUGUCCGACCUGAUCUCUGAGAUGGAAAUGAUGAAGAUGAUCGGCAAGCACAAGAACAUCAUCAACCUGCUGGGAGCGUGCACGCAGGACGGCCCUCUGUACGUGGUGGUGGAGUACGCCUCGCGGGGGAACCUGAGGGAGUAUCUGCGCGCUCGGCGCCCGGUUGGGCUGGAGUAUUGGAGCGGAUCCAGGCAGGUGUCCCUGGGCAGUCUGGAGACCAGGGAGCUGGUGUCCGCUGCGUACCAGGUGGCCAGAGGGAUGGCCUACCUCGCCUCAAAGAAGUGUAUUCACAGAGACCUGGCAGCCAGGAACGUGUUGGUCACUGAAGACAACGUGAUGAAGAUCGCCGACUUCGGUCUGGCCCGAGACGUCCACCACAUCGACUACUACAAGAAGACAACUAACGGUCGUCUGCCGGUGAAGUGGAUGGCGCCAGAAGCUUUAUUUGACCGCAUCUACACGCACCAAAGUGACGUGUGGUCGUUCGGGGUCUUGCUGUGGGAGAUCUUUACCCUGGGGGGCUCUCCGUACCCGGGCGUCCCCGUGGAGGAACUCUUCAAGCUGCUGAAGGAGGGACACCGCAUGGAGAAACCCUCGGCAUGCACUCAGGAGCUGUACCUGAUGAUGAGAGACUGCUGGAACGCCGUCCCGUCUCGCAGGCCGAUCUUUCUGCAGCUAGUUGAAGAUUUAGACCGCACGCUUUCUCUCAUGGCGAACCAGGAGUACCUGGACCUGGCCGCCCCUCUGGUCCAGUAUUCUACCGUCAGCUCCCCCGUCUCGGAUCAUUCCGGUAACUCCACAUAAGAGCGUCCUGGGACUUUAUCCUUUUCCUUUUCCCCCCCUUUCCUGGAUCACCUUCAGCCCGUUUCCUCGGCCCGGCCCGGUUGGCGGCGGCGGGGGGGGGUGGGGCCGACGAGGCCCUGGGCUGCCAGCGGCGGUCCGAGACGGGUCUGUCAGCAGCAGCCUGAUGUGAAGAACAGCUGGACUGAGCCGGACUCAGGAAGCAGCUGGCUCAUUUCAGAAAGACGGGGGGGGCGAGACUGAGACUGUGAGAGCUGCUGCACACAUCUGUGCAUCUGUGCUUUUGGUUGAUGUUAUUAAUAAUAAUAAUAUUAAUGUUCUCCGUGUGAAUAUUGUAUAUAAUAGUUUGUGUAAAAUGGAAGACCAAAAACUGGAUUUAUGAGAGAAAUAUGAAAUGGAAAGGGAAACGUAAAGACACAGACACUAAAAGAAUAUCUGAAUGAACAAAAAGGUAGAAAUUAAUCUAUGAAUGUGCGAAGAAAAAUUCAUUUCAAUUUCAUUUUACUUUUCUUUCUUACAUCUGCCUCCCUAAAAUUCUCCUGGAAACAAUCACGUCUGAUUAAAAAAAAAAAAAAAAAA